UCAGACUCAAUGAAUCUUUUCCUUCUGUUCCAGGGAUGCAGCUCUAAAUUCUUCACCAUGCCGCCAAAGAAAAAAGGGAAAGCAAACAGCAAAAAGGAAAAGUCCAAAAAAAGUACACCAGAGAAAGAUGAUGGACUUACAGAAAAGUACAAGAGAAGUGUCCUAGAUGUGGCUGUCCUAAAAGAACAUCUUGCACUUAGGACCAAUGUAGCACGUCAGGCAACUGCAGACAGAGAUGACUUGAAAAAUCAAAUAAGAGAUCUUGAACAAGUGCGUACUCAAGAAAGAUCAGACAUGAAGGACAUCACUGCAGUUCUCAAUCGUCAAUAUAACUCCAUGGAAACUGACCUGCAGACUAAAGUAAACAGGCUUGAAGAGCAUGUGGACUUACUUCAGACAGAGCUGGGCAAGUGUCAGGUUGAAUUAAAGUCAGAGAGAGAAGAACGGGAGAAGAGAGAAGCAGAGAAAGAUGCCAUCAUUUCUGACCUCCAAUAUAAACUGGACAGCAUGGAGAGCGAGUGUGAGAAGAUCCUGCACGGCUGUCUGGACAGUUUGCUUUCUCAGCUCGCUGAGACCCGGUUGCAUUGGGAGGAGCAGAGUACAGUCAUUCAUCAGGAGGUCAAAGAUACGCUUAUUGACUUCGGGAUAAACCCACUUCUCAUAUGAACAAGUCAGUUCCCCUGUUGAAAGUCUAGCAUGGGUUGGGAACCAGAAAAAUCAGGAGGAUACUGGCUAUACCAGCACCAAACCAGCCCUAACAAUCAUAAACUAGCACUCUUUUUUUUUAGCCAGAUUAAUAAAGACCAUUAGAGCAGAUGUAAACAUUUACAUCUGUUUCCUAUAAAAAGAAAAACUUCUUUAAGUAAAAAUAAGAAAAAAAGAAAAAAAAGAAGGAUAUCUGCUUUAUCCCUUUGAGAAUGAAUAGUUUUUGUUACUCUUACAAAAUGUCGGAAAGCACAGUCAAAUAUGUUCUUUAAUAUUGUGAAUGAUGAACAUUUUGGUUCCUGACAAAGCAGAAAAUUCAUCAUAGAGGAACACUUUGUUCUUCAUUCUGCCAAAGUAAUCUUUCCCCUAUAUGUAGCGGUUUGUACAUUGCUGAAACCACCUGACAUGUGGUUUUACAUUAUUAAUAGGCUAUCAAAGAUCAUAAUCCACUCAAAAGUGAAGCUGACUUUUUAACCAGCAGAUGUCGCUCUUGGCCUAUUUUUCGUGUUGCUUUUCCAAAUGGUCAAUGUUUUGUAAUUUACCAUCAUAUUUAAAUGCAAAAUUCUUCAAAUAAAAUAAUCAAAUGACUCUUGUAUUUAAGGCUCUCCCAAUAAUUCUGUCCCCGUUUCCUUAGUAUGAUGCAGAAUUAAACAGCUGUUGAUUUCAAGACACGAGGAUCUACAGUAGUGUUAAAGGGAUUGUUCACCCACAAAUAAAAAAUCUGUCAUUGUUUACUCACCCUCGUGCUGUUUUAACUUAUAUGUGUUUCUAUAUUCUGUUAAACACAGGCCACACACGUCCUAAAGUGAAGCCAAAACAUAUCGAUCGCCCCCUAGUGGCUGCCUGCAGUACAAGUCAUAAACCCCGCCCUCUCCAUGUAAACGAAAAGGGAGCCAAACUUCAAGGAAUAUUGUACUUUCAUAAAAAAAUACUUAAAAUGUACUCUCCCCCAUGUAAUCCAAGUUGUUAUGUCUUUCUUUGUUUAGUAGAGAAGAAAUUAAGUUUUUUCUCAGACUUUAUUAUUGGACCCACAGUCAUUCUGUUUCCAAACUAGGACUGCUUUCUGCCAUACUGCUACUCAGACUAGAUAUGCUCUGAACUGGACGUCCAUUGAAGUUCUCUAAGUUUAUCUAUAGCUUAACCAAUCAGAAUCAUGAAGUUUGACAUAAUGAUGUAGUUGUUUUAUCUCUGUUAGAGUACAAAUAUCUUUGUUUUGUAAUGUGUGAGCAAAGCGGCUUAGGAACUCCUUGCUGAGUGUUGCGGCUUGACUUCUGCUGAGUGAAAUGCUUAAGUAAAAUUUAUUUUAUUAAGUUUAUCUCUGACUUCUGGUCUUCAUUUAUCAUCACUGAUCAACAGGUCUU